UUAAUACUUCAACUUCUUUGCUCUCUGUGUGCAAUAUUUGACACUAUGUUGUCACGACAUCAACACAUGUUAUUGGCGGAAUUGACAGUGUUAGUCACACACAGUCAGAGAGCCACAAACUGACAGCUGUCAAGGAAAACGGCUCAUUCAUUGUGGGUCGUGGACAAGUGGACGUGGUCAUUAUACUUUACUCUUUGUAUCGUGGUGUUUAUUUUAUUUUGUUCAUUUUGAUUUUGGGUGAUAUUUUGGGAUUGUGACUAAGUACAACAUAAAAAUGAUUUGUACAAAACCACACUAUAAGAUGGAGGAUGGCAUGGACAUAGAGGAACAUGAUCUGUUGAACAACCCUACUGUGAGGAGUGUGUUUCCAGAUCUUGCCGUUCUCAAACAAGAAAUAAUUGAUUUUGAUACAAGUGAAGGUGUAGCACCAGGAACAUUUACAACCCUGGAAGUACCAAAGAGAAAUAAAUACAAAAAUCAACUACACAAUUUAACGGUAUACAGUGGGAAUCAUCCUACCGAGUGCUCCACUCAAGACCUGGAUGUGAAACCUGACCACCUGUGUACUGACCUGGAUGACACAAUAACUGUCAAGCGCAACAGUUUGACAGAAUUUCAUGAAGUUGAAACUGAAAUCAAGAAGGAAUCAGAGAAUGUUGUACCAAAUGAAUUGCCAUUUUACAGAAACAGAAUUAUACUUGGCAAGAUACAAGUAGAUGAGUCUGACGAAGAACGAGAAACUGAUGCACCAGGUGACUGUAAUAAUGUUGUAAACAACAAAUCAAACAAUGAUCAAGAUUUGGCAGUGUCAAUAUACACUGAUGAAAAUAGAAGCAUGAGGAUAACUAAACAGCAUUAUGAAAAAAAGGAUAAAUGUUUGAGAGCGAAAAUUAUUUUAACAAACUGUUAUACAACUCUAUUGAACAACAACUGUUACUGUGCUCAGUGUGCAGUGUUGUUCCCUACCACUGAAGCGUAUAGUGAACAUUACACGAGCACACACACCGAUACCACUCACUCAAAUAAAGCCUCGGCUUCUCUUGUGAAACGUAAACAAAUCAUAUACCCACGUGAGAAAGCAUUUGUGUGUGACUCCUGCACGAAAACAUUCAGCAAAAAAACCAGCUUGAUAAAGCACAUUUUAAUUCACACUGGCGAAAAGCCAUUCGAGAGUGACAUUUGCAAGAAAACAUCGAGGCAUCGGACUGCAAUGAAAAGACACAAGUUACUUCACACUGGGGAAAAGCCCUUCCAGUGUGACAUUUGCGCGAAAACAUUCAACCUUUUAAGUAGUUUAAAGAGACACAAGUUACUUCACACUGGCGAAAAGCCAUUCCAGUGUGACAUUUGCACGAAAUCAUUUAACCAAAUAUAUAAUUUGAAGACCCACAAGUUAACUCACACUGGCGAAAAGCCAUUCGAGUGUGACAUUUGCAUGAAAUAUUUUAGACAAAUAAGUCAUUUGAAGAACCACAAGUUACAUCACACUGGAGAGAAACCUUUCCAGUGUGAAACCUGCAAGAAAACAUUCAAAUAUGUAUCAGUUUUAAAACAACACAAGUUAACUCACACUGGCGAAAAGCCAUUCGAGUGUGACAUUUGCAACAAAACAUUUAACCAAAUAAGAAAUUUAAAGAAACACAAGUUACUUCACACUGGCGAAAAGCCAUACAAGUGUGACAUUUGCACGAAAUCAUUCUACCUAAGACAUCAUUUGAAGCGCCACAAGUUAGUUCACACUGGCGAAAAGCCAUUAGAGUGUGACAUUUGCAUGAAAAGAUUUAGACAUAGUUAUAAUUUGAAGAGCCACAAGUUAGUUCACACUGGCGAAAUGCCAUUUCAGUGUGAAAUUUGCACGAAAUUAUUUAACCAAAUAAGUCAUUUGAAGCGCCACAAGUUAGUACACACUGGCGAAAAGCCAUUCCAGUGUGACAUUUGCACGAAAUCAUUUAACCAAAUAAGUCAUUUGAAGCGCCACAAGUUAGUUCACACUGGCGAAAAGGCGUUCCAGUGUGACAUUUGCACGAUAUCAUUUAGCCAAAUAUGUCAUUUGAAGAACCACAAGUUAGUUCACAGUGGCGAAACGCCAUUCCAGUGUGACAUUUGCACGAAAUCAUUUACCCAAAGAGGCAAUCUUAAGAAGCACAUGUUACAUCACACUGCACCCCAGUCAUAGCUAUGAUU